CUCAUUUGUUCCGGUAGGUGUCGCAACUGGAACGUGUGGAAAGCAACUUGAAACCUUAACCGUGACUCGAUUGUUUUUUAAAAUUGUUAAUUAAUUUUCUUUGAUUAAUUGUGAUUGUUAAUCAUGGCGACCAUUACUGAACCUUUCAUUAGUAAAAAGGAGGAUUUGAUAAGUCAAAUUGGUGUUAAAAUCUCUUCUGCUCAGGCUAAUGAAAAUGAUGAUCUUAAUGAUUUGUACACCAGAUUGAAGAAACUUCAACGACAAUUAGAAUUUCUUCAAGUUCAAGAAGAAUAUAUCAAAGAUGAACAGAAGAAUUUGAAAAAGGAGUAUCUUCAUGCUCAAGAGGAGGUGAAACGGAUCCAAAGUGUUCCAUUGGUAAUUGGACAAUUUUUGGAAGCUGUUGAUGUUAAUACUGGUAUUGUUGGUUCUACCACUGGAUCUAAUUAUUAUGUUCGUAUUUUGAGUACCAUUGAUAGAGAAUUGCUAAAACCUUCGGCUAGUGUUGCCUUGCAUAAACAUUCUAAUGCCUUGGUUGAUGUUUUACCACCUGAAGCUGAUUCUUCAAUUUCAAUGUUGAGACCCGAUGAAAAGCCUGAUGUCAGUUAUGCUGAUAUCGGUGGUUUAGAUAUUCAAAAACAAGAAAUCCGAGAAGCAGUUGAGUUACCAUUAACUCAUUUCGAGUUAUACAAACAAAUCGGUAUUGAUCCACCGAGAGGUGUUCUAAUGUAUGGCCCUCCAGGUUGUGGUAAGACAAUGUUGGCUAAAGCAGUUGCUCAUCACACCACCGCUGCUUUUAUCCGAGUUGUUGGCUCAGAAUUUGUUCAGAAAUAUCUUGGUGAAGGUCCUCGAAUGGUUCGUGAUGUCUUUAGAUUGGCAAGAGAAAACGCUCCAGCCAUUAUAUUUAUCGAUGAGAUCGAUGCAAUUGCAACCAAGAGGUUUGACGCUCAAACUGGUGCUGAUCGGGAAGUUCAGAGAAUCUUAUUAGAACUAUUGAAUCAAAUGGAUGGAUUCGACCAAAGCACCAAUGUAAAAGUAAUUAUGGCCACAAAUCGAGCAGAUACUCUUGAUCCGGCUUUACUUCGUCCUGGUCGAUUAGAUAGAAAGAUUGAAUUCCCGUUACCUGAUCGUCGGCAAAAGCGUCUAGUUUUUGCUACCAUAACCGCAAGAAUGAACCUAAGCGAUGAAGUGGACCUUGAAGAUUACGUCGCUCGACCCGAUCGUAUAUCAGGUGCCGAUAUAAACGCUAUUUGUCAAGAAGCCGGAAUGCACGCGGUCAGAGAGAAUCGUUAUGUUAUCUUACCAAAAGAUUUUGAAAAGGGUUACAAGAACAACACCAAGAGUGAUGAGACAGAACAAGAAUUUUAUAAAUAAUAACCUCUUACAAUCAAGUUUACAAUUAAAUUUUGAGUAAAUUCAAAUUCUCUUUUGACGAUCUAACAAAAACGAAACAUUUUCAUCAUUAAAACGAAAUAGAAAACAA